AUGGCGACCAAGAUCUCCCGCAACGCGAAGAAGGAGGAGGAAAAAGAAACGAGCAUUACGGAAAGAUGCCGGGGCUUCCUGACUGCACCAGUGACUGACAUCAGUGUGCUGGAAGAAAAGAAGGAUGAGAUGAGCACCAAGAUGGAGAUGCUGAUCAUGGAGACUCAGGCUGAGUUCUGUAAAGCCCUGGAGGACGUGGAGGGUGGGACAUUCAAGGUGGACAAAUGGGACAGGAAGGAAGGUGGAGGAGGAAUCAGCUGCAUGAUGCAUGAUGGAAAUGUGUUUGAAAAGGCAGGAGUGGAUGUGACAGUGUUGCUAGGUUGUCUGACUGAAGAGGCUGUGAAACAACUGAGUGGAGAAAAAGUCCUCAAAGGGAAAGACGGUAAGCUGCCAUUUUGUGCCAUGGGUGUGAGCUCCGUCAUCCACCCCAAGAACCCUCACAUUCCGUCAGUUCACUUCAAUUACAGAUACUUUGAAAUAGAAGAGGAGGACGGCUCCAAGCAGUGGUGGUUUGGUGGAGGAACAGACCUGACCCCGGUCUAUAUUGACAGAGAAGACGCCUUUCUUGAUUCCUUCACUCAAGAGGAGAAAGACUGGCAACAGCUGCGACGAGGAAGAUACGUAGAGUUUAACCUGAUGUAUGACAGAGGAAUAAAGUUCGGCCUUGGCAUGCCUGGCUGCAGAGUCCUCAUGUCACUCCCCCUCACUGCCAGGUGGGAGUUCAUGCACGAGCCUGGUAAAGGUUCCCAGGAGGCGGAGAUGCUGGAAGUACUCAGAAACCCAAAGGAGUGGGUGUGAGCACCACAGUCACAGGUUUACAGAAAGAACAACCUUUGUAGUAUUUUUGUAAAGCUGUAAUAUGUUGUACAAGACCUGCGUUCAUAAGGAAAUAUCAGAGGACUUUAUUUUUUCAAAUCAGACUUCUUAAAAGCUUUAAAAAUAAUGUUUUAAUAAUUGAGGUUUGUGCCAUUUGUCUCUUCCUUGUAGAAUCAAUAUUUAAUGUAUUAAAUAUUUUAAUUUUGUGUUUGAACAAUCAGCUAAAAAUUAGGA